AUGAGUAUGCGCACGAGAAGGCAAAAGGCCGCUGCAGCAGCAGCAGGCGCAGGUUUAGCGCCACCGUCACCUCAUGAUGAGAUAGAGGAUUCCAUGCCCACCGUCAAUGGUUCUGUGCACAAGAGCAACAGUACACCCCCCCCCCAUUCCACCUCGUCCUCUACCUCCUCCACCUCCAAGCGGAGACGAUCCCGCUCCCCCGCCGUGGUAGCGGAACAGAGAGAGAAUAUAUUCCUUUUCUAUCCUAAUAUAAUCGGCUACUUCCGUGUUUUCCUCGCAAUCGCUUCCCUCUACUAUAUGCCCCUGCACCCGCGAACUUGCUCUCUCCUCUACAGCGUAUCGUGUCUCCUGGACGCCCUUGACGGCGUCGCAGCCCGCCACUUCAACCAAUCCACCACCUUCGGUGCAGUUCUGGAUAUGGUGACGGAUCGAUGCACUACAGCUUGCCUGCUGGUGUUCCUGAGCUCUGCAUGGCCACGGUGGGCGAUUAUGUUCCAGGGCCUGAUCAGCCUCGAUCUCGCAAGCCACUACAUGCAUAUGUAUGCAACGUUGACAAUGGGUGGUUCGGGUCAGAGCCACAAAAAAGUCGAUUCGAGCAGGAGUUGGAUCCUGUACCAGUACUAUAAUAGCAGGACCGUCCUCUUCAUCUUCUGCCUCUUUAACGAACUCUUCUUCAUCGGCCUCUACCUCCUCUCCUUCUCCUCGCCUACCCUAUCCCCUUCCCUACUGCAACCCAUUGGCGGCGAAGGAGGACUAGGAGUAGGGUGCGGCACCGCCUCCGCGCAACCAGGUUCUCCAGCACUCGCUCCACUAUCCAGCCUCUUCUCCAGCCCCUGGAGCGCCGGCGCCCUCGAGCUUGCCCGCGCGAACAAGAUGGACAGCUUCUGGCCAUGGGUCAUCACGGGUAUUUCGGCGCCGAUCAUGGCGGGGAAACAGUUCAUCAAUGUUGUGCAGAUGGUUAAGGCUAGCCGGUGGUUGGCAGAGGGGGAUUUAAUGAGGAGGAGGCAGCAGGGAUUGUCGUCCGGAGCUAAGAAGCGGUGA